CGCAGCCAUGCCUAUCAUGCAUCCAAUCACCUCCAAUUUGAUGUACCGGGGCAUCUGCACUAUCCCGGACAUGCUCGCCUACCGAGCACCGGUCAACCUGCCCGAGGACGAGGUUGAAGAGAUCCGCGAGGCGUUCAAGGUGUUUGACCGUGAUGGGAAUGGCUUUAUUUCCAAGCAGGAGCUAGGCAUGGCCAUGAGAUCCCUGGGAUACAUGCCCAACGAGGUGGAGCUGGAGGUCAUCAUACAGAGACUGGACAUGGACGGUGAUGGUCAGGUGGAUUUCGAGGAGUUUGUCACUCUCCUCGGACCCAAGCUGACAGCAGCCGGAAUGCCUGACAAGUUCCACGGAACCGACUUUGACUCCGUGUUCUGGAAGACUGACAUGCAGAAGCUGACGGUGGAGGAGCUGAAGAGGCUGCUGUACGAUACGUUCUGCGACCACCUGACCAUGAAGGACAUCGAGAACAUCAUCAAGACCGAGGAGAGCCAUAUAGAGAACGCAGGGGCCUGCCAGGUGGAUAUAGACACUAGUCCAACGCAGCAAGUCAAGCAGACGUGUGUACGCAAGAGCCUGAUAUGUGCUUUCGCCAUUGCUUUCAUCAUCAGUGUCAUGCUUAUCGCAGCCAAUCAGGUGCUGCGGAGCGGCAUGAAGUAGACGGGGACACCUAUGGCCUCCUGACCCUCUGAAAGAGACUAAUGUAAAACACCUGGACAAAUGACUGAGGAAAAACUUCUAAACCACAACCACAACCACAAACACAACCAUGACCAGAACAACAACAAUGACAAAAACAACAACAGAUGAUCAAACCAACAUUAAAAUAAACUGAAAGGAAAAGAAUACAUGGCUCUCAUCCAAUUGACUUCAUGGGCAUAUUUCCCAACUUGCUCCUUAAACUCCUUUCUGAAUGGAACCCAUUGAGCCCCUACUAUGUGGGCCUGGAAGAUGACCAUCAUCUGUGCAUGAAGUGCAUGGAUUUAACCAGUCGUCUCUUGAAACAUUUGUAGAAGUUAUUAUAAGUGUAUACCCAUAGAACUGUGUAACAAACAUAGGUGUGUUUUAAAUCACGUAUGGCCAACUGUGACUUUCACUUUUGUUAAUGGGGUUGGGGUCGGAGGUC